AUGAUAUCUAUGUCAGUACGAUAUACAUCUGUUCGACGUGUUUCAACUUUAACUGAAGUAAUAAAUAAACGUUUAAAACCUGAAUUAAAUUCUAUUCAUCAAGCUGGUACUUGGAAAAAUGAACGAAUUCUAUCUACAAGUCAAAGUUCACAUAUUAAAAUAGAAAAUUCUCCAAAUGAAUUAUUAAAUUUUUGUGCAAAUAAUUAUUUGGGUUUAGCAAAUAAUUCUCAAAUAGUUCAAGCAGCAAAAAAUGCACUUGAUAAGUAUGGUGCUGGUCUUAGUUCUGUACGAUUUAUAUGUGGUACACAAACAAUACAUAAACAACUUGAACAACGUAUUGCAAAUUUUCAUCAACGAGAAGAUGCAAUACUUUAUAUAUCUUGUUUCGAUGCUAAUGCAGGUUUAUUUGAAACAUUAUUGAAAGAACAAGAUUAUAUUAUUAGUGAUGAAUUAAAUCAUGCAUCAAUUAUUGAUGGUAUUCGUUUAUGUAAAGCUAAACGUUUACGAUAUAAACAUAAAGAUAUGUCCGAUCUUGAAUUAAAAUUAAAAGAAAGUUUUAAAGAUAAUAAUAAUGAUAAUAUUAUUCGAUUAAUUGCAACUGAUGGUGUUUUUUCUAUGGAUGGAACAAUUGCUCCAUUACCAGAUAUUAAACGUUUAGCUGAUAAAUAUAAAGCAUUGAUAUUUGUUGAUGAAUGUCAUGCAACUGGGUUUUUUGGAAAAACAGGUCGAGGAACUGAAGAACAUUUUAAUAUGAUUGGAAAAAUAGAUAUUAUUAAUUCAACAUUAGGCAAAGCAUUAGGUGGUGCAGCUGGUGGAUAUACAACUGGUUCAAAAGCUCUUAUUGAUUUAUUAAGACAACGUUCGAGACCCUAUCUUUUUUCUAAUACACUUCCGCCUUCAAUUGUAGCAAGUGCUAUAAAAGCAAUUGAUUUAGUUGAAAAUGAUUCAAGUUUAACAGGACGAGUACUUGACAAUGCAACAUAUUUUCGAAAUGAAAUGGAAAAACUUGGUUUUAAAAUUUUAGGAGAUAAUCAUCCAAUUUGUCCUGUUAUGUUAGGUGAUGCUCGAUUAGCCAGUCAAUUUGCUGAUGAAAUGUUAAAACGAGGAAUUUAUGUCAUUGGUUUUAGUUAUCCAGUUGUACCAAAAGAUCGUGCACGUAUUCGAGUACAAGUAUCAGGUGCUCAUUCAAAAGCUGAUCUUCAACGAUGUAUUGAUGCUUUUGCUGAAGUUGGACGCCAACUUAAAGUGAUUAAAUAA